GCUUUUAUAAACGAAUCCUGAUUCGCCUUAUUUGCUUCCAACCUUAGUUUUCCAAAACGUGUCAAUUAAUUGAGUUGCAUUUCUUCUUCACUUGGUUACAAUGAGAACACAUCAUGUGAUUUAGGAGAAGUGGACAUUUAGCCAGUUAUGUUUUCAUCACUUUAUUAUGUCUUCUGAAGUCCAUGAGUUUGUGUACCCUAACAUGAGGGUGCAAUUUCACCAGAGGCUUCCCAGCUAAUUGUCAAAUUACCUUUAUCUGCAAGGAAAACGGGUUCGUCUAUAGAUUAGAUUUCCCCUCCUUUGCUCUGCUUCCACAACAAGCUGUACCAGGAUCAGAAUGUCAAAGGAUCUUUCCAUCAUGGAAUCUCAACUUUCCAUUUCAGAAACCAUUUAGGAGCAGCGAAUCAAACAAGAUGGAUUACAAAUAUGACAAUGCUGGAAUAGAACUCCUGCUGGCUCACAUGAACAUAGAGGACAUAAUCGACGUGGUGGAAAAACUGUACCACACCAAGGAAGAGGAAAAAGAGGCUGGGGCGUCGUUUGAGGAGGGACUCUCUCAGGAGGAGAUGGACCAGAACGAGGAGGCAGUGGAUGAUUCGUGGGACGAAGUGACAGGAGGGACACAGCAGGGGAACAGUGGUGGUAGGGUAAGAUACGGGACGGUGUCGGACUUGCUCUCUUUCGUCAACCAGAUCUCUAACAUGCAGCCAGAAGUACUGCAGCACCUGCCGGAGGAGAUGGGUGUGUUACUGAACAAGAAACACAUGAGGCUGAAGAAGGGUCACUAUCGCAUCGAUUCAGAUGUGUUUCUGUUUCCAUGGAAGUGGACCUAUAAGACUCCUGGUUCUGGCGGCCAUGUUCCAAAGGGCUCUUUUGGGAAAGUCCACUUGGCCCAGGAUACCAUUACCAGGAAGAGAAUGGCAUGCAAACUGAUCGCCAUGGAACACUUCAAACCAGCCGAUGUGGAGAUCCAGGCACGGUUCCGUCACGAGAACAUUGCAGAGCUCUAUGGUGCUCUCCUCUGGGACCAAAACAUCCACCUGUUCAUGGAAGCCGGUGAGGGAGGGUCGGUUCUGGAGAAACUGGACAGCUGUGGCCCCAUGAGGGAGUUUGAGAUAAUCUGGGUCACCAAGCAAGUCCUCAGGGGCUUGGAGUACCUACACUCUCACAAUGUCAUCCACCACGACAUCAAACCCAGCAACAUCGUCCUGAUGUCAGACAAAGCGGUUCUGGUGGACUUUGGCCUGACGGUACAGAUGACAGAGAAGGUAUACACCCCUAGGGAUCUACGAGGCACAGAGAUGUAUAUGAGCCCGGAGGUGGUUCUUUGUCGAGGACACAACACCAAGACAGAUAUCUACAGCCUGGGCACCACCAUCAUCCAUAUGCAGACUGGCAGCCCACCCUGGGUCAGGAGAUACCCACGCACCGCCUACCCUUCCUACCUCUACAUAAUCCACAAGCAGGCCCCUCCCCUGGAGGACAUAGCGGAGGACUGCAGUGGUGUCAUGCGGUCCUUCCUAGAGACAGCCCUGGAGAGGAACCCUGCCAAGCGCAGCUCUGCAGCCAAGCUCCUGAGGGACGAGGCCAUCAACCCUCCCAGAGAGGAACAGCCACGCUGCUGGAGCCUGGACUCAGCCCUGGUGGAGGCCUCCCACCCUCUACUGAGGCAGCAUAGCCAGCAGCCUGACACCACACAGGAAUCCUCUUUGUACUCUGAGCCUGAGGACUCUGCCCACCUGAGGAGAAAGGGAUCCCUGUACAUCGACUUGGGGGCAAUGGCUGGAUACUAUAAUCUAGUGAGAGGUCCCCCUGCCACAGAGUAUGGCUAACCUUGAGCCUAACCUCUGAAGGAAAUUUGUAUUUUAAAGAUAUCAGCGAUAACUGUUACCUUUCACCUUAGCCUGGUACUGGUGAACUGUUAGGUCAGAAACUCAAGAAGUUGAGUUAGGGACUCAUGAAGACUCAAUGGUGAACGUGUGACUGAUGCUUUUGGAAAGAGAUACCAGAAGGACAGAAAAUUGGAUAGAGACAGUAAAUAGCCUGCACUUCAAUGGCGCUGGACUCGUGUAAUGAAAUUGACCAAUGUCUGAAAGGUGGUUUCUGUAGCUGCCUUAAUUUGUCAUCUCUCAACAAUGCAGUGGCUCAUUGGAUGUGUUACUCAGUAACAGUGUUUCACUGGUUAACAGUGGAAACAGUGACAUCUUGUGGGAUGUUCUGUAGAUACAUGAUAUACUGUACAAGCAUCUUAUACAAGUUUGUUUCUUAAAGAAAUGCAUCUGAAUGGGUCUUGUGAUUGAGACAUCAUUCUAUUAUUUUGUGUCAAUAUGAAACUAUGAUUUCUGACCGUGUAUGUGUGGUUUGUACAAAUUGUACAAUUAUAUUGUUUUAAACGUGAAGUUCUUAAAAUGAACUUAUUUGUGUUUGUUCCUAAGGAAUAUGAGAAGUGAUUUUGAGAAUUGCUAUGCAAGUUACACCAUGUACAUGACUGAUUAAUUUGUUACUUUAUUUGUCUGAUCAUUGUUCUUGUACCUGUUGGGUAUGCAGUUUUAUUUCAUAGUGAACAAAAAUAUAAAUGCAACUUGCAACAAUUUCAAAGAUUUUACUGAGUUACAAUAAGGAAAUAAGUCAAUUGAAAUAAAUUCAUUCGACCCUAAUCUAUGAUUUCACAUGACUGGGAAUACAGAUAUGCAUCUGUCGGUCACAGAUACCUUAAAAAAAAGGUAGGGGCGUGGAUCAGAAAACCAGCCUGUAUCUGGUGUGACUGAUCAGACUUUCGAUUGUGGCCCUUUGAAUGUUGUCCCACUCCUUCAAUGGCUGUGUGAAGUUUCUGGAUAUUGGUGGGAACUGGAAUACGCUGUUGUACACGUCGAUCCAAAGCAUCCCAAACAUGCUCAAUGGGUGACAUAUCUGGUGAAUAUGCAGGCCAUGGAAGGAGUUGGACAUUUUCAGCAGAAUUGUGUACAGAUCCUUCCGACAUGGGGCCGUGCAUUAUCAUGCUGAAACAUGAGGUGAUUGUUGCGGAUGAAUGGCACGACAAUGGAUUUCGUCACGGUAUCUCUGCAUUCAAAUUGCCAACCACUCGUCCACACAACGCUGUACACGUGGUCUGCGGUUGUGAGGCCGGUUGGACGUACUGCCAAAUUCUCUAAAUCAAUGUUGGAGGCGGCUUAUGAUAGAAAAAUUAACAUCAAAUUAUCGGGCAACAGCUCUGGUGGACAUUCCUGCAAUCAGCAUGCCAAUUGCGCGCUCCCUCAAAACUUGAGACAUCUGUGGAAUUGUGUUGUGUCACAAAACUGCACAUUUUAGAGUGGCCUUUUAUUGUCCUCAGCACAAGGUGCACCUGUGUAAUGAUCAUGCUGAUUAAUCAGCUUCUUGAUAUGACACACCUGUCCGAUGGUUAGAUUAUUUUUGCAAAGGAGAAAUGCUCGCUAACAGUAAUGUAAACAGAGAAAUAAACUUAUUGUGCCUACGAAAAA